UAUCGAGAGACGAGUUUUCGAGGUUCUACUGUACCACAAUUUAGAAAACAAGUAGAAGAAAAAUUGAAUAAGGAGCUGGGCAACUUGAAAGAUAAUGGGUGUGUAUACUUUUAGCUCCGAUCUCGCCCCUAGCGUGCUCAGCCUGUAUACUUUUUGUUAGCUACCAACAAGCACGGCAUAUACUUUUCGCAUCCGUGACGUCAUUGCUAGCAUUCCUAGCACACUCGACGUGCCCGGAGAACUUACAACGAGCUUGGCGUUAGUUCAAAGAUGCUGGCGUCCAUGUACAAUGUUACUGUUUCCUUACCGGACGGAAAAGAAGUUCAACUACGCGUUAAUGAAGUCGUUUGUCAUCAGAUGAUGGAAGAUGUACAUUAUGCCAGAGAAUUGGCUUUGACGACUCUUUCCACUGCUUCAGUUGGACCGAGUAUCCCUGCUGAAAAUCCCUGUGGCUUCCAGUGGCCCAAAGCCAGGACCAUUCAAUUAAUUUCGUUAUACAACGAACACAGGGAGAAGUUUGAAUUACCUCAAUAUACAAAUAUUCAGAUAUGGAGGCUAAUUUCAAAUAAAUUAAACGAGGAGGGGUUUUCGGUCACUCCAGCCCAGGUUGACACCAAAUGGCGAGGACUGAAAAAAACAUUUAAAAAAAUCAAACUCUACAAUUCCCAAUCCGGUAACAACCGGAAGCAUUGGGAAUUUUAUUCUUUAAUGGACGAUGCCAUUGGGAGACGGCCAGAAAUUUUCCCUGUUGCUACUUGCAGCAACACAGAUGGAGUGAGAGUAAAUUCACACUCAAGUUCCUCAUCCCCGUCUCCUGUUGCCUGCAUGUCAUCCCCGUCUCCUGUUGCCUGCGCAUCAUCAUCCGCAACCAGUUCUCGUAAGAGAAAAAGAGAAAGCAGAGAGUUGGUGAAAGCUUUAAACGACAUAAGAAGAGAAAUACAGGAGAGGAGGGAGGAAAGGAAGAAAGAGCGUGAAAAACUCAAUGAAGUGCUAAAUAAAAUUUUAGAAAAAUUAUAUAUAAAGUUCUUUUUAUAUUGAAAACAAAAAGUUUU